GAAGAACGUGCAACAACAUCUCACUGUCUUCUACCUGAAUUUUGGUGAAUAUUAACUUUUGUGCGUGAAAACAUUUGCUUGUGAAUGAAAAACAGAACAUUUAAGUGAUUUUUUUUUUUGGUGGUAUAUUAUGAUGUUCAGAAUUUGUGGAUAAGAUAAAGUUGCAGUUGCGUUCGAUAGAAGCGCCAUGCGAACUUCCCAGGGGGUGGGCUGCCGUGCUGAAGACUUGCAUGACCAAGUCACCUAAAUUGAGUACUCUCUCGCCAUUACGAAUGUGAUGAACCUCAGCAUGAAUCUGAAAUUGAUACAAUACUUCCUUGUCGUUUUUAUUUCACACUGUGCUUAUGGAGAUGAUGCGUUCAUAUUGCCGAACCAGCGCUUUGCCAACGGCUCAGCAGAACCUGACACUAGGUCCGUCGGCCGAGUGCCUCCGUACCAGCCACCUGCAAUCGGCAUAUCCGGGCCUAUUCAAGUACCAGGGUUCAGACCACAUAGCCCAUACACUAGAGUUGAUGCAUGGCAUCCAAACGGGCGCAUUUACAUAAAUCCAAGAGAAUCCUACGUAGUGGCUGAUGACAUAGACGACGGCCAUGACGACGGAGGUUGCCAUCUUCCGUGCUCCAAAGAAUUCUUCUCGUGCCAGACGUCCUGCAAGUGCAUAGAGUUGGAGAAACGUUGCGAUGGAGUAGUGGACUGUAUCGACGCUGAAGACGAAGCCGGCUGCAGGAAGGCUUGCGAUGAACAGGACAACCGGACGCUGUGUCAUGGCACCAACGUAUGCAUAGCGUUCGACUGGCUUUGCGAUGGCGACAACGAUUGUGGAGACUUCUCCGACGAGACACAUUGCGGACUAGAAGUAAAUUGCACUGAGGAGCAAUUUCAGUGUAACAACGGCCUGUGCAUACAGAAGGAGUGGCUGUGUGAUGGUGACAACGAUUGUCGAGACGGUUCUGACGAGAUCAACUGCCCUAAAGGAAAAUGCAAAGAUAAACAAUUUGUGUGCUCGUCGGGGGAUUGCAUACCUCCACACUGGCGAUGCGACAAGGAGGCAGAUUGUCCAGAUAAUUCUGACGAGACUGAAUGUCCUGUCGAUUUCCUACAAUGCGGGGAGAAUGAAAUCCAAUGCGAAAACGGCAAGUGUAUUCGUAAAGAUUUCCAAUGUGAUGGAGACAAUGACUGUGGGGACUGGACUGAUGAAGACUCCUGUCCUCUACUGCCUGGAAACUGCAAUGCUGCUGAAUAUAAGUGUAAUGAUGGACGCUGUAUCCCUGAGCGGUGGAGGUGCAACAUGGAGAAGGAUUGCACCGAUGGUGAUGACGAGUUGGACUGCGAAGCCCUGGGAAUUAGAAACUGCACCCUCGAUGAACAUAUGUGUGAAGACCGCAGAUGCAUUUCGAAAACUUGGCUAUGUGAUGGAGUUCGUGACUGCGCGAAUGGUGAAGACGAAACAAAUUGUGAAGUUAAUUGCGAGGAGGACCAAUACAUGUGCAAGUCUCUAGUUAAAAAUGCAUUUCGUAAUUGUGUGAACAAGAAACACGUUUGCGAUGGAAUGAAAGAUUGCCCGCAAGGUGAUGAUGAAGAUAAUUGCCCAACUAAAAGGAAAUGUACUGGAAGGGAUAGAUGCGAGAGACAAUGCAUAACAACAUACGAAGGGAAACCAGCAUGUGCUUGUCCUUUAGGUUAUAAGUUAGCGGAAGAUGGAUACAGCUGCCGCGACAUAGAUGAAUGUAUGUACGAACAAGAUCCAGUUUGCUCCCAAACAUGUUCUAAUACCCAAGGCAGUUACCAUUGUGGAUGUAUGACGGGGUACGUUCUCAGGCCUGAUGAAAGAUCCUGUAAAGCUACUGGAGAAUCACCAACUCUGCUGUUUUCCAAUCGUAUUGGCGUCCGUAAGGUAUGGUUGACCGGUGACAACUAUGUAACUGUGCUAAAAGGAUUACAUAACGCAGUAGCACUGGAUUACCACUAUGAAAAGAAAUUAAUAUUUUGGACCGAAAAUAAUAUGAAAGUCAUUCGAGUCGCUCCAUUGGAUAGCAAUAACAUGACAGAUGUUAUAAGAUGGGGUCUGGAAACUCCAAGCGGGGUGGCAGUAGAUUGGAUUCAUGAUUUAUUAUUUUGGACCGACUCUGGUACGAGGCGAGUGGAAGUAGCGACACUGGAUGGCGUACACAGAGCAGUCUUGGCAGCUAGCGAUUUGGACAAACCAAGAGCUAUUGCAGUGCAUCCUGGAGACGCACUUAUAUUUUGGACGGAUUGGGGACCGAAUCCGAAAAUAGAACGCUCCGAUAUGGAUGGCAGUAGAAGGAAAAGUGUCAUAGUGGAUAACAUAUUCUGGCCAAAUGGAUUAACAAUUGACUAUAUGGAGUCCAAAAUAUAUUGGGCAGAUGCUAAACAUCAUGUUAUCGAAAAGGCUUCAUUUGAUGGAAGGGAUCGUAAACGAAUAACUAAUAAAGGUGUCCCACAUCCGUUUGCAUUAACUGUUUUUGAAGAUGCUAUAUAUUGGACAGAUUGGCACACGAAAAGCAUAUCAACUAUUAAUAAAAAUACUGGAAUGGGAAUACAAACAAUACAUUCUAGUUUACAAGUACCUAUGGAUAUACAGAGUUUUCAUCCACUACGUCAACUAAGGACGUACAAGAAUCGAUGUGGUGGUAAUAACGGCGGUUGCUCCCAUAUUUGUCUUCCUAAUAGCAACGGAUAUUCUUGCCGAUGUCCUCUGGGCUAUAAUCUCAAAUCUGACGGGCGAACUUGUGUCGACACUCCUGAAAAGUUACUGCUGUACGCAAGACGAAAAGAUAUCAGAUUAAAAUUACUGAACCCAAGGAAACAAAUGGAUGCCUUGGACAUGGUGAUACCAGUGGAUAGUAUUAAGUCAGCCGUAGCACUAGAUUGGGAUCACGCAAGGAAAAGAAUAUUCUGGACGGAUGUAGAAAAGGACACAAUCAACAGAGCGUUCUUAAAUGGAUCAAAUCAGACAGUAAUCGUCAGCACAAACCUGAUAUCGCCGGCUGGAUUGGCCUAUGAUUGGAUGACAGAUAAAAUUUACUGGACAGAUGCAGGAACUAACAGGAUCGAAGUAGCUAACUCUGACGGGACUAUGAGGACGCUACUAGCAUGGGAAAACAUCGAUAAGCCACGUGAUAUUGUAGUAGAUCCUAAAGGUGGUGUAAUGUAUUGGUCGGAUUGGGGUAAAUCACCAUGUAUAGAACGCGCUGAUAUGGAUGGUCGGAACCGACAGCGUCUUAUAAUGGGCGACAUGACGUGGCCAAACGGUUUAGCUUUGGAUUUGCUGAAUCAUAAAAUUUAUUGGACUGAUGGUGGAAAUAGAACGAUUGAGUUCGCAAACCUCGAUGGCACAGGCCGCACAGUGCUGAUAGGUCAACAUCUACCUCAUCCAUUUGGGUUAGACCUCUACGGCGAUGAAGUGUUUUGGACGGACUGGGACACGAAUUCUAUUCAAGCAGCAAAUAAAUACACAGGCAAAAAUAGGCGCACUUUGGGUGCAGGUGUCGAAGGUCUCAUGGAUGUCAGAGUGUUUCAUAAGGAAAGAAGAGGUGGAACUAACCGCUGCGGUAAGAAUAAUGGUGGUUGCUCACAUCUAUGUCUACUGAAACCCGGCGGAAGAACUUGUACCUGUCCAACUGGAAUUAAGAUGAUGGAUGAUGGCAAAACGUGCACAGAUGGACCAAUAAAUUAUCUGCUGUUUGCUCAUCGAGUGGAUGUACGCUUCGUCUCAUUUGAUGUUCCCUACCUUGUGGAUGUUGUGUAUCCCUUCCAGGGACUAAAGAAUGCACUUGGUGCAGACGUGGAUCAAAAUACAGGUUUGAUUUAUUGGACGGAUACUGCCGAGAGGAUAAUUCGUCGAGCAGAUAAGUUUGGUCAAAAUGCGCAAACUAUUAUCAACAGGGGCUUGCAAACCGCUGAUGGAUUGGCCAUCGACUCAGCAGGCCGUAAGGUAUACUGGACAGACGGAGGGCGAAACAGUGUUGAAGUAUCAGAACUAGAUGGAACCAGUCGCAAAGUUCUUGUUUGGACUGGAUUAGAUUCUCCCCGUGGAAUAGCGUUGCAUUAUGAAAAGGGUUACAUGUUUUGGUCGGACUGGGGUAAUGUGGCGAAAAUAGAAAGAGCUGAUUUGGACGGUAGCAAUAGAUAUAUUAUUGCCACAGCUGGAGUAAAGUGGCCGAAUGGUCUAGCAAUUGAUCGCAUACAAGAUCGCUUAUAUUGGAAUGAUGCUAAGGAAAAUACAAUUGAGAGCGCCGAUUUCAAUGGCUUGGGUCGGAAAACUAUUCUCAGUGAAGUACCAUACCCUUAUGGCAUAGUAGUUGUAGGACAGCAUAUCUAUUGGACUGACUGGAAAACUAAAGCUUUGCAUAGAGCUGAUAAGCAUAAUGUUAGUGAUCAGCUUAUUGUUAGAGAUAAUCUUGAAGGUUUGAUGGAUAUAAGAGUAAUUCAGGGCGAUUAUAACCUGGAUAAUGUAUGCGGUCUAAACAACGGUGGUUGCUCACAUCUUUGCCUUCGAAAUUCAAAGGGAUAUUCAUGCGCAUGUCCAACGGGUCUCCGUUUUGAAAACGAGACCGAUCCAGAGUCAAAGAUAUGCAAGAAACAUCCAGACAACUUUUUAAUAUUUGCAACACAAACUAGCAUGACCGUUAUAUCUCUAGACACUCCUGAGUUGAGAGAAAUCAAUAUUCCGGUCAAAGAAAUGAAAAGUUCUAUUGCACUGGACUUCCAUUGGGAUAACAAAUUAAUUUUCUAUACUGACGUUAAGCUAAAUCAAAUAAGAACCUUAGACAUGGAAAACAUGACUCAGAGCAGAACUAUUGUCAAUUCAAGUUUGGAAACACCAAAUGGUUUAGCAGUUGAUUGGAUUGCAAAUAAUUUGUAUUGGACUGACAAUGAAUAUAAGGUUGUUGAAGUUGCAAAGUUAGACGGCUCCUGCAGAAAAGUUUUACUAACCGGUCUAAGCGAACCUAGAUCUGUAGCGCUAUUUCCAGCUAAAGGUUAUCUAUAUUGGAGUGAUUGGGGAGAACAUCCCAGUAUUGAAAGAGCUGCGCUAGAUGGAACUCAACGGAAAAUGAUCGUUGAUCACGACCUUGGGUUUCCCAAUGGUCUUACGAUUGAUUAUGUCGAACGAAGGCUGUACUGGACUGAUGCGUUGAAGGACAGGAUUGAUACAUCAGACUUAAAUGGCCAGCACAGAGUUCAACUGGUGCCAGAUGCGAAAAAUCCAUUUGGAAUGACUCAGUUUCGUGAUCAUAUUUAUUGGACCGAUUGGUAUAAGAAGGCCGUGAUUCGCGCCGACAAAAGCACUGGAAAAAACGUUACGUCAGUUAGUGCUAACUUUGAAAUGGCUAUGGAAAUAAAGACGGUGUCUCAUGAGAGACAGCAUGGCUGGAAUCCAUGUCUUGAGAACAACGGCGGAUGUUCACAUCUAUGUUUCUUUAGAGGACAUGAUUAUGUUUGCGCUUGUCCAGACUCACCUGACGAUAAAGUUUGCUUGACGAAUCCAAAUGAGCGCGUGGAACUAAGGAUGCCUUCACACUAUCCUCCGAACUAUGACUAUAUGGACUACGAGCACACAGACUUGCCAACUCCAACACCGGCGACCGAAUCUAGAACAUUCGUCAUCACCAUCGGAUUAACUGCUGUGGUCUUUGUUAUGAUAUGCCUUGUUUUAACUGUAAUAGGUUGUGUGAAAAUUCUCAAAGAACGUCAUAGUGAUAUGAAAGAAACACAUCGCGAUUCAAGUUGCCAUAUUUCGUUCCCCAAUCCCAACUAUGAACAAUCUAAUAGCGGCAACAGCUCAGGGGAACCGAUGGAUCGACGCUACCGCUUACAGGGAGUCUUCAAAUACGACAAAAGUCAGAAUCGUGUGACCAACGUUUACAUGCCGGAGGGAACCAGUCUUCUGCCGCCGCCACCUCCGCCUCCUCACAGACAGCCGCUCCGACCUCCAACUCACGACGACUUUGAACCUGUCACCCUGCACUCUUUCACCUAAUAGUGGAGUUGAUGUCCUCGAACAAUUAGGACCCAACAAAUACCCAGCUAGAAUCGGUAGAAAACUUGUAACAUUAAGUCCUAUACCACGAGGGCCAAGACAAGAUAUAUUUCUCUAUCGGCAAUACGUUAAAGUGUCAUGAACCGAAAAUAACAUUGACAGCGGUAAAAGAAAAUAAAUUUAAAUAACUUGUCAAAGUCAUGUCACAUAUCAUGACACGAGUAUGUAGUUAUCACUUCUGUCAAAAGUAUCUCGUCUAUGACCUCGUGUGAGAAGAAUUAAUAACCCUCACAAGAAAUUUGCUAGCAAUUAAAGUGACUAAUAAGUAAGCAACUUUAGGACCUGAAGUAACAUCAAAUUUAAUGUAAUUUUCCCAAAGUCAAUUGCGGAGAUUGAAAAACAACUCUACGAGUCUAGAGCUUCAUAUAAAAGGAUUACAGAAUUUCGUGAUCAAAUUUUUGGAGCACAGUAUUUUGUUUAUGACACAACCCAUGGUGUAGACGUUUGUUUAAAACGUAAGACUUUAGAUAAGUAUAAUGUGUUGUUACGUAAGUCUCAAUUCAGACUGCGAUAUCCAGGAUUGAGAAGUAUUGAAGGCGCGAGCUAAAGAAAAGAUAAGUUUCAAGACUUGAUAUCGCGAGUCAAUAUAGAUCUUUGUUAUUAGAUGUAAUGAGAUAUUUGGUAUUAUUUUUGUACAAGUUGCUCAUCCAUUAUUACUCCGAGGCUCACGGGGAAUUAUAGAUGACACAUGUUGUAAGAAUUUUAUAUAGUGUUAAAUUGUUUUUAAUUAGAAAACUUAUGAUGUACUUCGGCCUGGAUAUUUAUUGGUUCCUAAUAAUUUUUCGAUACAAAAAUCAAAACUUUAUGGUUUCAAUCGUUGAAUGAAUCUGACAUUUAGUUCACCACAAUAAUGUUAUGGUGACAAUAAAAUAUCAAUUGUAAAUACUUAAUUAGUAUUACGAUUAUUAUAUUUUGUUAACACUUGAAUUGUAAAUAUUUUGUUAUAAUCAUAUUUGUGUUAAUUCUAAAAGAGUGGUUUAAUUAACUGUAUCGUUAUUGUAAUGCAAGUAUUUGCAAAUCUUGACACUUCAUAUCAGAAGAUUUGUUUAGUAAAUAAGAGUCUGUAUGUAAUUUUAGUUGAUAAUUGUAAAUGACGUUAUAAAAUAACUGUGUACUAUUAAGUUUCUGGAAUAACAUCUACAAAUCGCGCUGUGCGUGAAGUGGCAACACUAUUUUUCACAGGGUGUGUUACGUAUAUUCUAAUAAGAUAGAUUUUAGAGCUGCUAUUGGUUUAAAAUCAGUUGCAAUAAUUAUUAUUUAAUUUCAGAAUGGAUUAGCUGCCUCUAUUCAGCUAAUUAUAUCAAAUUAUAUUUUAAUUAGCAUUAACAGAAUCAUAGAUGCAAAUAUUUUUCAGAAGUUCUGGAUAGUUAUAAUGAGCGCUUAGUUUAUAAAGGAUUUAUUUAGGAAAAUUCAGAUUCAAAUGCAUUCAACUUCACUUUUGUUGCUAAGCCAACUUUCCUAUUAGAGAAUAUAAGGGUAGAAAAAGAUAAAAUAUUUUGAAAUUAUCCUAAAUUAUCCUGUCCUGCAUGUAGGUACAUACUUACUUAUUAUUAUUAUAUAUAUUAUAUUACGAUAUAAUAAUAUUAUAUCUUACAAUAUCUGUAACUAUUUUCCACCUAUUGAAUAAAUUAUAUUGUGUAUAGUAUGUUAUGUUCCAUUAAAUGGUAAGGUACUAAUUUCAGCAAAACAUAAGAUUAAAGGAAAUAUUGUAAGAUGAAUGGCGUGUAUAGAUACGAACAUUUUGUUUGGCAUAUAAAUCGAUAAUGUUUUGAACGGCCUUACAAAAUAAAAUAAUAGUUAGGAAUAAAGUUAUAACUUUCGUUAUACCCGAGAAUAAACUAAGAAUAUGCAAAAUGUUUACAAAGAGACAUUUUGCUUAAGAUUGGUUUAUUUAUUGAAGUAGGCGUUACUUUGCAGUAAUCCAUAAUUAUCCAAAUGAUUUGAGUUUUCUUUAGUGUUAAUUCCGCCAGUAUUUGUCUUUAAACAAUUCGACACGUGUUUCGCCUCUAUACGAGGUAUCCUCAGGACGUGUUGUCUCGCCAAAAUCUGGCACGAGACUCGUGUCAAAUCAUUUGGUUAUGAUUGGUUUAUUCGGACGUAUAACGUUUCCCGCGUUUAUUUGCAAGGGUGCUUUACAUUCGGAAACUUCAGAAUUAUAUAUUUUUUUAAUUAUGUGGCACGGGAUGCAAUUCCAUAGGUCAAAGAAUUAUAGUUAUAUCGACAAUGUUGUCAGAUACAGUCAAUAUUUUGCAUAUUCUUGGCCUUAGGCCAGACGAGUUAAGACAAAUGGUUUCUUUUUGCACAUAGCUUGUAAGAGAAAGAAAGUGGAGUGCUGUGAUAUGGUAUGCUUUGUGUAAAGAAUGAUCUUGGUGAUGGGUGAAUAUUUCUUUAAUUUUAAAUUAUUCGACUUGGAUGUAAGGUGCUAGAAACGCACACAAAUAGUUCUCAACAUUGUCUAGGUUUUGUGCGACAUUACCAGUGCCAAAAUUCAAAAUUAUUUUAUUUUCAAUAUCAGUUUUACAAAUUUGAUCUCUAGUUAUGUAAGAAACAGCUUUUACACCUUGGAUGCCUCCAUAAAAGGUGUUUAAACUGUUGUCCAAUUUAUUAUUGUAUUGAAAUUAAUAAAUAGAUAUUAUUCAA